CGGGUUUCGGUGUCGCUCUCCUCCCUCACCCAGUCUCUCUGCCACGAUGUUCCGUCUUGGCUUCUCGCUCGCCCGGCCCUCGGCCGGCCUCGGCCGCACCGGCACCCCGGUCGCCCUUCGCGCUUUCUCUUCCAGCCCCUACAACCCCCAUGGCUACGGCUCCGACCCCUUCGGCCAGAAGAUCGCCCCGCGCCCCUACGACGGCACCAAGCCGUUCGACAAGAUCCUGAUCGCCAACCGUGGUGAGAUCGCCUGCCGUGUCAUGCGCACCGCCAAGCGCAUGGGCAUCAAGACUGUGGCCGUUUACUCCGAGCCCGACGCCAACUCCCUGCACGUUGCCAUGGCCGACGAGGCCGUCUGCGUGGGCCCCGCCGCCUCCAAGGACUCGUAUCUCAAUGUCCCGGCCAUUCUCAACGCCAUUGAGACCACCGGCGCCCAGGCUGUCCACCCCGGCUACGGCUUCCUCUCGGAGAACAGCCAGUUCUCCGACACCCUGGCCAAGAUGGGCGUCGCCUUCAUCGGCCCCGCCUCCUACUCCAUCUCCGCCAUGGGUGACAAGAUCGAGAGUAAGAAGAUCGCCGAGGCCGCUCGCGUCAACACCAUCCCCGGCUUCAACGGCGUCGUUGAGGAUGUCGAGCAUGCUCGUCAGAUCGCCAACAACAUCGGCUACCCCGUCAUGGUCAAGGCCUCCGCCGGUGGUGGUGGCAAGGGCAUGCGCAUUGCCUGGAGCGACGCCGACCUGAUCGACGCCUACCGCCUGUCCAAGAACGAGGCUGCCGCGAGCUUCGGUGACGACCGCCUCCUGGUGGAGAAGUUCAUUGCCAACCCUCGCCAUAUCGAGAUCCAGGUCCUCGGUGACAAGUUCGGCAACACGAUCUACCUGAACGAGCGCGAGUGCUCCAUCCAGCGCCGCAACCAGAAGGUCAUCGAGGAGGCCCCCUCUUCGCACAUUGAUCCGGCCACCCGCGCGGCCAUGGGUGAGCAGGCCGUCCGCCUGGCCCAGGCUGUCGGCUACUACUCCGCCGGUACCGUCGAGAUGCUUGUCGACGACGACCGGAACUUCUACUUCCUGGAGAUGAACACCCGCCUGCAGGUCGAGCACCCGGUCACCGAGUACAUCACUGGCGUGGAUCUGGUCGAGCAGAUGAUCAACGUCGCCGCCAACCGCCCGCUGCCCCUGGCCCAGUCGGACAUCGGCAUCAACGGCUGGUCCUUCGAGUCGCGUGUGUAUGCCGAGGACCCGGUGCGCUAUCUGCCCUCGGUGGGUCGCCUGCGCACCUACAUCGAGCCCGAGCAGGCGGCCGAUGUGCGUGUCGAUUCCGGCAUUGUCGAGGGUAGCGAGAUUUCCGUCUACUACGACCCGAUGAUCUCCAAGGUCAUCACCCACGGCGCCACUCGUGAUGAGGCGCGCAUGAAGAUGAUCGAUGCCCUGGACAACUACGCCAUCCAGGGUGUCCGCCACAACAUCCCGCUCAUCCGUGACGUGCUGACCGCCCCGCGCUUCGUCGAGGGUCGCAUCACCACCAACUACCUGGAGGAGGAGUAUCCCGAGGGCUUCCAGGGCUACUCCCUGAAGGGGAUCGAGCUGGACGAGCUGCUGGGUGUUGUCGGCAAGAUCUACGCCCAGACCGAGGCUUUCAAGCGCUCCUUCAACACCGAGACCACCGCGGUCCUCAAUGACGGGCCCACUGCCUGGGAUACUCACAUCCGCAUCGCCGGUGUCGGUGAGUACCGCGCGGUCAUCCAUGCCGCCACGCCCGAGCGCCCGGUCUUCAUGGAGCUGGUCGAGGAGAACCGCGUUCUCGGCUACGACACCGACUCCUGGUCCCCGGGCCAGUCCAUCAUCCACGGCGCCGUCCUGGCCCUGGACGAGGGCAAGGCCACCUCCUACGACCCGGACGGGCCCAUGGGUGACAUCUCCCUGGUCAGCACCCCCACCUCGCAGUUUGUGUGCUACACCCCGCUCGGCUUCAAGCUGGUCCAUUGCGGCACGGAGUUCGACGUCCAGGUCCUCACCCAUCGCCAGUACCUGGCCUCCAAGCACAUGCUCCCCAAGGCCGAGCUGGACACCUCGUCCGUGGUCCUGGCCCCGAUGCCGGGUACCGUCGUCUCGAUUGCCGUCCAGCCCGGCGACCGCGUUGUCGAGGGCCAGGAGGUGGCCAUCGUCGAGGCCAUGAAGAUGCAGAAUGUCCUGCGCGCCUCGCGCGACGGCAUUGUCAAGGCCGUCAGCAUCAAGGCCGGCUCCUCGGUGUCGGCCGAUGAGGUGAUCAUCGAGUUCGAGCCCCUCCCCAAGAAGGAGGCCGAGUAAGGAAGAGCUGGCGUGUGCCUGCCCAUCUCUCCCACUGCGCUGUGUUCUGCACCGGGGUGCAUCUCUCGGCGCCCCGCAUGCGUAGCAUGCGCCUCCAUGUCGCUGCUGGCCAUAUGCAUGUCACGUCUCCUCCCUCUCCCUGCGUGCACCGCAUAGACACACACACACACACAUCCAAAGGGCGAGCAUCAAAAAACAUGUGCAAGCUUUUGCAUGUGUGUGCGCUUUCCUCCUCUCUCUCCCUCUUCGCUUUUUGGCCGCGCGCGCGCGUGCCUGCCUUCCUCUACUCCCCUGCCCACCCCGAGCGUUGCGCGCGCGUGCCCACCAACAACAGAGGCAGGGCCCCGGAACGAGCCCCUGUUCUCUCCCGUGUGCUCGUGCGGCGGAUAAUACAAAACCAUUGGAAAAAAAAAAAGA